UGUUAUUGGUGGUUGCAGAGGCAUGCGCUGAAAUGCGAUUUUCUGAAUCAUAAAACAAACUAUUCCAGUAAAUUCUGUCUUUUUGCUAGUUAGUCCAUAGUUCUUAGUAAUAUCUUGAAGAUGCAGAACGGAAUUCCAGAAGAGAAAGAAAAUUACAGGUACUUUCGUACAACAUGCAGUCUCCUGGGUUUCAUUCUUUCCUUCCUGAUGGCUUUCUUUUCUUUCAUCGUUGCCGAGGAAGCUGGCCGAUAUUAUGAAUACGCCAUUCUUUUUGGAUUUGUGAUGCUCUUCAUAACGUCAUUGAUCUUUUGUUACGUUAUGCAUGAAAGUAAGCGAGUUUAUACCGUCCCAACUCAACCAUCUGAUUGGUUGCCAAUGGAACCCCUUCAGCCAGAACAACCGGCAGAACCUCAACCCCAACCUGAACCUCAACAAGAACCUGAAUUGCCUUCUGGACCCUUCUGGCGUGAUAGAAGCAGACAUGACUUCAAAUACGUAAGAUGUGUUCUUGGAUUACCCCCAGGAGACUCGGAUGAGACUAUGGAAUCGGAAAUUGAAAAUGAAUGUGAAACAAUUCCACUACGAAUGAUAUCGAAAUCUGGAAUCGAUGCUGAAAGUAAAGAAUCAACAUCAGAAACCAGUAACCUAUACCAAGACGCGGACUCCAGAUGUGAAGGUGCAGCUGCAGCUGAUGUUCAAUCGCAUUCUCCAAAGGCAGGACCUUCAAAAAUUGCUGACAAGGGUUCAGAAUCCGUUGAAUCGAAAUCUGAAGCUUCAACAUUGGAAGGCAUAUCUGCUCUUUCAUUAUCCGAUUCUUCAGAGAAGGCCACUGGGGAAAAGCAAACUGAAGAAUGUUCAACAGCAUUAUCCCAAUUGUCUUUGGGUGAUUCUGAAAAGCAGGCUGCUGAAAUGGAGAAACCUGAAUCAUCAUCUACACAUGCUGAAGACGUAUCUGAUCAAGCUGAAUCUCGACAUUCUGGAACUUCAACAACAGAAAACGGAUGUCAAUUUAUCUAAAUAGGAAAAGAAAGCUUUGUAGUUGAUUACUCUUAGUGGUUGAAAAUCUCAAAUUAGUUUUCGAAUAGCAUCUUAAUAUACUUCCAAAUAUUUUUCUUUGUGGUUGGUUCUUGGAAACAUUCUUUCAGUUUUGAAAACGUAUUUUACUUAUAAGCACAAUAUAUUUAGUAGCAAAACCUUUUGAUUUUGCUAUUAAAUAUACAACGCUCGAAGAUUAUUUAUUUUCAAUUUAGAUUACUUGAAAUAAUUUUAAUAACUUAGUUUUAUGAAUAUCUUUUGUAACAAACGUGAAAUUAUAUUGUAUUUAAUGGGUGUUAUUAAACUUUUAAAGUAUGA